GGGGAUCUCGUCUCCGAUUGGCUGCUGCUUCUCUCUCACAGCUAAGUCUUGAGGCUGCGGGAACUCACAUACUGAGAGCGGAGGCGCACAAACAGUGUCCGAUCACUCAUUCAUUCAUUUUUGCGGCUGUAGCCUUCACCUACAAACAAGCUGAUCGCUGUUGCUGAAGUGGAACCGGGAACUAUACUUCAUUUUGGCCCCUCGGUAUUUGUACUACAUUUCCAAGUGGAUGAUGCUGAAGUGAGCGGCCGGAGCUCACCGGGCCACCUGGAUUUGAACAUUUCGGUUCAUUCACAUGUAAAAGGAGAAAGUCUCGACUGUUGGAAAAGCUGUUCUCGCUCAUUUUUGGAGCAUUCUGCUUGUUGAGGACAAUAUGCCACAGACGCCACCAUUCACAGGGCAGCUGAACACCAGUGGGAUCAACAAUAACUUGUACCAGACCAAGGAAGGCGGCUAUCCUGGACUGUAUUACCAUGACAACAACCUUGUGUCUGGCUCGCUGGAGGCACUCAUUCACCACUUGGUACCAACUGUGGACUAUUACCCAGAUAGGACAUAUAUUUUCACCUUCCUGCUAAGUUCUCGCCUCUUCAUUCACCCAUAUGAACUCAUGUCCAAAGUGUAUCACUUGUGCACCGAGCAACAGCGACUUGGCGAUCCUCAGGCUGAGAAGCUGAGAGUCAGAAAGAUUACUCCUAAGAUCCUCCAGUUGCUCACAGAGUGGACAGAAACAUUUCCAUAUGACUUUAGGGAUGAGAGGAUGAUGCGCAGCCUGAAGGAGCUGACCCAUCGGCUUGCAAGUGGAGACGAGGUGUACAGGAAGGUGGUUGCUCAGUUGAGUCAGGGUCUGAUCAGGAGGCUAACGGUGCUCAGCCAGUACGAGGAGGCACUGGUGAAGAUCAACACCACAGCGGCAGAGCGACUCACAGCUCUGAAGGCGAAACCCCAGGCAGCGAUACAAAGAGACUUGCUGUCUAUCUGCAAUGACCCGUUCACUGUUGCCCAACAGCUCACAGACAUAGAGCUGGAGAGACUGAGUUACAUUGGACCUGAAGAAUUUGUGCAGGCAUUCGUCCAGAAAGACCCCCUGGACAAUGAUAAGAAUUGUUUCAGUGAUCACAAGAAGGCCAGCAACUUGGAAGCUUACGUCGACUGGUUCAACAGACUUAGCUAUCUUGUGGCUACAGAGAUCUGCAUGCCUAUAAAGAAGAAGCACCGAGCUCGAGUAAUCGAAUUCUUCAUCGAUGUGGCGCGUGAAUGCUUCAACAUUGGCAACUUCAACUCUCUCAUGGCCAUCGUAUCUGGGAUGAACAUGAGCCCUGUGUCGAGGCUAAAAAAGACCUGGAGUAAAGUGAAAACGGCCAAGUUUGACAUCUUAGAGCACCAGAUGGAUCCUUCUAGUAACUUCUAUAACUACAGAACAGCACUGAGAGGGGCCACACAGAGGUCAAUCACAGCUAACAGCAGCAGAGAGAAGAUUGUUAUCCCUUUCUUUAGCCUGCUCAUCAAAGACAUAUACUUCCUCAACGAGGGAUGUGCCAACAGGCUGCAGAACGGGCAAGUCAACUUUGAGAAAUUCUGGGAACUCGCCAAGCAAGUUAGUGAGUUUAUGACUUGGAAGCAAGUGGAGUGUCCAUUUGAGAAGGAUCGCAAGAUCCUGCAGUACCUGCUGACAGCUCCAGUCUUCACAGAGGAUGCGUUGUAUCUGGCAUCAUACGAGAGCGAAGGUCCUGAGAACAACAUGGAAAAAGACCGAUGGAAGUCUCUGAGAUCUAACCUGCUAAGCAGGGUCUAAAUGUUUGGAUGAAACUAGUGUGAAGACAACCCCAAUAGGUGGGUCUCCAGUCGAUGCCCCUGUUGUUGAAACGAAGUAUCCCUAUGUUGAAAGGGAAAUGACAAUCUCUACUUUGGCUGGAAGGGACCUUUUAUGCUCUUGUCCCAAGCUUUGGAUUUGUAAAGAGCUCUUCUUUUCCUUGACCUCUGCUGUAUAUUUUAGGACAGCUGUUUGUUUUUUUUCUCCAUUUUUUGUAUGAAUUUUUAGUCUUGUUAAAGACACAUUACACAACCUUAAGUAAUAAGCAGGUUAACAUUCCUUGUUAAAAGGAUUUCACCCUGAUAAACACUCUGUGUUAGCACUCCUUUUGUUCCACUGAAACGACUAGAUAGUUAGCUGCUGGUUGGCUAAUGCUACAAAAAACGCUACUUGCUCUGGUUCCACAUGCCCGCAUUUUAUGUGUUGAAAAAUCAAUCUUUGGCCCACAACACUGUUAAUCAAUAAGCUAACCAUUAUUUCUACCGUGUCACUUAUUUGGUUCUGUUCAGUGUAUUGUUCACUUCCUGUCUGAUUGUUUGUUGUGACAUGUAUAAAGAAACUGCACCGGCUACAUUUGAAAAAAACAAAACAACAAAAAACAUUUUUGUGUUGCAAAUUUUUCGUUCUUUUUUUCCUGAAACAGGAAACCUUACUUAUGCAAAUCAUGACACAAGUUCUAAAUAUGUUCUAAAAUACAGCAUCAGUAAGCUUUGGCCAAAGUGUUAUUUCAUACAUUUGAAAGGCAGCUGAUUAAAGACUGUCUGGUGAUUUGGAGCAUACUGAGGCCUUUUAUAAUUGGGAAGUGUGUUACUCCUGAUUUUAGAUAGUAUUGUGGCUCUCUGCUGCUGCCCCCUCUGUUCCCUUGUGAAUGCAUUUUGUGUGAUUUCAUUAAUGUCAAAUUUCUGUUUAAACCCCUAAAAGGUUGAUAUUGUUUAUUUUUCAUAUUAUUAAAGUAGGCUCUCCAGAUUGGUUCUAUUUAUAAACAUAUUGUCACACUAGCUCAUUAUGUCAAUAUUUUCUAUGAUUCUAUUUAAUUUUUGUACUAGGUACACACUGUUGGAAUAUGAGUAGUGUUCUGUUUUUUCUCAUUAUAAACGUAAUGUUGUAUGAGACACUUUUCAAGGUACAAGUUCAAAGUAUGAAGUGAAAACAUUUUUUUUGACUGAUGUAAGCUUUGCCUUGACUAUUUCUCCCUCAAAGCAGAUUGCUUUUGUGGUCUCCAUACUGUAUGUUUCUUUCCCCUGUCUGUUUUUCCAUUUACACUUGGAUUGUCAGAAAUGGAAUUGAGAAAUGAUUUAUAAGUUAUAUAGUUGUGUUUAACAAAAUAAUGUUAAUAAAAAUGUUU